AUGGGUUCAAAGUGGGACAUCGAUAAGUUCACCGGAAGUAAUGAUUUCGGGUUGUGGAAGGUUAAGAUGCAAGCGAUUUUGACACAACAAAAGUGUGUAGAAGCAUUGAAGGGUGAAGCGGCGAUUCCGGCAACUUUGACACAAGCGGAGAAACGUGAGAUGAUAGACAAGGCAAAGAGUGCCAUUGUUUUAUGUCUUGGAGAUAAGGUCUUAAGGGAUGUCGCGAGAGAAGCUACCGCGGCAUCGAUGCGGGCUAAGUUGGAGUCAUUUUACAUGACGAAAUCUUCUGCUCAUAGGCAACUCUUGAAAUUGGACCUAUGGAAACAGUAA